AUGAUUUCUAGCGUAUCCCCGCGAUGGCGUCUUUGUCGACGCUUAUUUUCAACUUGCAAAACUCUACCGCAAUCAACAACUUUGACUCAAAUCCCUUCAAAGGAUGAACCCCCACGCAUCAAUGCCGUUGGAAUCCAAUACCUCCCCUCUAAACUCCAUAAAAAGAUCUUUGGAAGCCCUGUGCCUGAACUUAAAACUAUUGUCGACCAUGAUGACUACAUCACUCGUCUUUCUGUUCGACACCUUAAAAACAAUGGCCUUUAUGGCAAAAAAACUACCACCUACCCCGCCCUUGAUAUCGACAUCCCUUCCAUCUCGGGGAAAACCCUCGACGAACAUUUUUACAAAAUUGGUCUCAAUGCUGCUGAACCAUACCUUUCAAAGGCUAAAAAAUUUGCUGCAGGUGACAUCCCUCCCAUGCCUAAACAACAAGAUUGGGUUAAAAAAUCCGGAUGGACAAAGUACACCAAGAAUGCCUUGCCAGUCUCGGUAGAUUACCCAGAUGACCCAGACGCCCUCGUGUUUGACGUCGAAGUUCUCUAUAAAAUCCAUGACUUUGCUGUCAUUGCAGUCGCGGCUUCUCCCACUGCAUGGUAUUGCUGGCUGUCUCCAUGGCUCCUUGGAGAGUCGGAAAACCAGCGCCAACUUAUCCCACUUGGCUCAAAAGAAGAAAAACUCAUCAUUGGCCAUAACGUUUCUUACGACCGCAAACGUAUCAAGGAUGAGUACUCCAUCAACCUCACAAACUCUAUGUUUAUCGAUACCAUGUCGCUUCACAUUGCUGUUAACGGAAUGUGCUCUCGUCAACGUAUGAGUUGGAUGAAGGUUCGCAAAGUCAAAAACCAAAUCGAUGGUGGUGAGACGUCUGAGGAAUCUGCUUUCGAACUUUCGGCAGAGAUUGAAGAUAACCCAUGGGUCAAUGUCAGUACCCUCAAUAGCCUAGCCGAUGUGGGGUAUCUCCACUGCGGCAUCCAACACGACAAGUCUGCUCGCGACUAUUUCGGAACCUACUCACGCGAGCAGGUUUUAGAAGAACUUAACAUGCUUAUUGAUUACUGUGCCCGCGACGUGGAAGUCACUUAUAAAAUAUACAAGGUCCUCUUGCCCCGUUUCAUUGAUGUUGUCCCUCAUCCAGUCAGUUUUGCUGCCCUUCGUCAUAUGGGGUCUCUUUUCCUUCCAAUUAAUGAUUCUUGGGAAAAGUAUCUUAAGGACACUGAGGAAUGCUACAAUUCUGCCAAUGACGAACUAUUAGCCAGUCUCAUAAACCUGGCCGAAGAAGCUGUUGCUUUAAAAGAUACCCCUGAAAAAUGGCAAGCUGACCCAUGGCUUUCCCAAUUUGACUGGACUAUUACCCCAAUUAAAAUGGUCAAGCCCAAGAAAAAGGGCGAGGAACCCCGACCAGCAAAGCGCCAAAAGUUACCAGGAUUCCCCAAGUGGUACAAGGAUCUGUUCCCCUCUAUAGGAUCGCCAAUGAGCAUCUCUGUACGCUCUCGUACAGCUUUAAUCCUCCUGCGUCUACGUUGGGACGGCUAUCCCAUUAUUUGGUCCGACGUCCAUGGCUUUGUUUUCCGUGUUCCUAUAACUCAAAAACAACGUUGUCUCGACAAAAAAUACCCUUUUGCCGACAUGAAUACCGAAACCAAUAUGUCUCUUAAAGAUGACCCCAAUGUCACGUACUUCAAGGUCCCACACAAGGAUGGGCCUAAGGCACGCUGCGUGUCACCUAUGGCAUCUUCCUACCGAAAAUACUUUGACAAAGGCAUUUUGUCCUCCGAGCUGGACUUGGCGGCAAAGGCCAUCGAGGUCAGCGCAGCAUGCUCUUACUGGACCUCCAACCGUGAACGUGUUCUUAGCCAAAUGACUGUUUGGUCUGACGACGUUGACAUGGGAAUCCCCACACAAAACGGCAAAGACUUUGGCAUGAUUUUGCCAUCACUCGUCCCCAUGGGUACCAUCACGCGACGUGCGGUCGAGAAAACAUGGCUCACGGCUAGUAACGCAAAGAAAAAUAGAAUCGGGUCUGAACAAAAGGCUAUGGUACGCACCCCACCUGGAUACAAGUUUGUUGGUGCUGAUGUUGACUCUGAGGAACUAUGGAUUGCUAGUCUUGUUGGUGAUUCUAUGUUUAAGAUGCACGGUGGCACUGCCUUGGGUUGGAUGACUUUGGAGGGAAGCAAAAAUGAGGGCACAGAUCUUCACUCCAAAACAGCUUCUAUUUUGGGUAUUUCUCGUAACGAUGCCAAAGUUUUCAACUAUGGCAGAAUUUAUGGUGCCGGUCUUGCUUUUGCACAACAACUGCUCAAGCAAUUUAACCCCACACUAACAGAAAAAGAGGUCCAAGAUACAGCAAUUCGUUUGUACGCUGCAACAAAGGGUACAAAGACAAAAUCUAAGGCUUUAGGCUUUGAUGGAUCCGGUGGGUUUUGGCGCAAUGGCUCUGAAAGUUUAAUUUUCAACCGUUUGGAAGAAAUGGCCAACCAAGAUGCUCCCCGUACACCUGUUCUUGGUGCUGCAAUUACUGAGGCGCUCAAGCGUCAGCAUCUCAAGGCAUCUCCAUUUUUACCUUCCCGCAUCAACUGGAACAUUCAAUCUUCUGGUGUUGAUUAUCUUCAUCUUCUCAUCACUUCCAUGGCUCAUUUGACCAAAAAGUACGAUAUUAACGCGCGCUUGUUUAUUACUGUGCACGAUGAAAUACGUUACAUGGUAAAAGACGAGGACGUUGACCGUGCAGCACUUGCUCUUCAAAUUAGUAACAUGUGGACCCGUGCCAUGUUUUCACUACAGCUGGGAAUUAAGGAGCUCCCUUAUGGUGUUGCCUUCUUUUCAGCAGUUGAUGUGGAUCACGUCUUGCGCAAGGAAGUUAACCUGGAUUGCAUCACUCCCUCUCAUCCUAAUCCUAUUGAGUCUGGCUACUCAAUGGAUAUUUAUGAGCUGGUUAAAAAGUGCACGAGCCUGGCCAAAGAUGGUGUGGACCCAGCAGACAGUUCCAGUUUAGACAAGAUUGAGUAUACCCCAGAGCUGAGUGUCACUGAGGAGAUUGAAGAAGGCCAUGGCCCUAUGGUUCCAUACAUUGCUGCCCAGAUUGCAGCCAACCCAAAGGAAUUGUCGUUGGUGGAGAAGCUUGCACAGGAAAAGAACCCUGAUUGGGACUUGUUUUUGGGCUCUUCUGAGGAUGACAUUGCUACGGAAUCUGGAAAUGGCGGAGCUAAUGUUAAGGAAACGGAAGAGUUGAUGCGCGGAUUGGAGAUGCUUACAACGGCUCCGGAGCCUGUCAAGACGCCCAAGAAGCAACGGCCCAAGUCCAAGACGGCGGCGGCCUCUACAACCAAAAAGAGUAGCCGAAAGGGGAAGAAGGCAGCAGCAGAAGAGGAACAAAGUCAAGCUGUUAAAGCUGAAGAAUCAACUUCAGUUUCAAAAGAUGCUAUCCUAACUGAUGUACCAAAGCGACGAUAUACACGGCGUACCACAUCCAAUUUGCAUCCAUUGUUUGUGCUACCCCCAGAACUUGCUUCGUUAACUUCGCCCGAAACUCCAGAAGGCCGGUCGCGGCUGGACAAGUGGCGUCGUGAACGUGCGCAAGAGAGCCGGGCUCGAAUGGAAAGCAACUAUUCAAAUAAGCCGAGUAACCCAAAGUCCAAUAUUGAUGAAUUAUUGAUGCAGUACGAGUGCCAGUCACCUAAAGUGACUUUAGCACCUGAAGAGUUUUUCUCUCCUGAGGAAAUGUAUAGCAUUUUCCAAAAUGACUUGUCGGUGGUGCACAAGAAUCAACCGGGCGAGAAUCGCCGGCGUAGAGCUUAUUAA